GAAACCGCGACAUCAUACCCUAGCAAUUGCUUCACUUUGUCCUACCGGCGCGAACCAAUCCACAAAAGCACGGGCGGCGCUCGGCACUCUAACUGUUCUGCUAAUAUGUCAACUUCGCGCGACCGCGUCGAGGACACAUACGAACUCCAGAAUGACAAUAGGCUGGAAGACUUGCACUCCAAGCUUCGCACAUUACGCGGCGUCACAACAGACAUCUAUGAUGACGCUGAACGUCAAAAUUCGACACUGGACGAGUCGCGGAAUACGUUCAACUCGUUUGGCGCAUCACUAGCGCAGUCGUCCCGAAGAGCAGGUCAGGCGUUUGGGCUGACCGGGGGAGGAGUGAAGCAGUGGCGGAACAUCGGAUACUGCGUCGCGGCAAUCGUCGGGCUGUGGUUCUUGUGGAGGAUACUGCAUUGGUGGUGGGCUUCACCAUCCCCCUGAAUCCAACCCUUGCUUCUGUUCUGCUGAGCUGUUCAUUGUUUCGUCUGUACUUGGGACUUAUACCUUUCAUUCAGUACCGUUUCGCUCUGACUGCCCGUAACUCGACUCGGCGGCAUCGACUUGCUCACGCGCGAGUCGGCGCAAGGCUUUCAUUUGUGACUUUGCGCCUAGAAUAAAACCACCAUUUGUAACGAACUGAACAUGCGCGGGGCAUCUCACAAGAUCACUACGAUGAUCUCCUGGAGGGUGUAUGCCCUCCUCGUGCUGUGUUUGCUCUAACAUGUGUCUAUUUCCUUCCGCAUACCGUGCAGUAAAAUCCCGGUCCUCCUCCUGCGGUAAGUUACCUGCCAGUGGUCCAGCGGUGUCUUCGAUGGACAUGUUAUUGUACAUGGAAGAGGUCCCGUGACGAUUCGCCCGUUGAACAAAAUGCAACACUUCAGCUGGUGUCACUUGUGCCGAGCUACCCU